AUUGCUUUCGUCUUGAACGAAAUCUCCUCCUUGCAUAUAAAGAGCGAAGUACACUGGUGUGAAACGGGGCCACUACAUAAGGGGAAAUGUUACGCAGAAGUGAGCCCUGUCUCUCAGCAGUCGGAGCACCGAAAGAAUCAUGGCAGGCCUCCCCCAUUAAGGGGGGCUUCACUUCACUAGAGAGCAUACGGGGCGCCGUAAGUAACGGCGAGGGGCGAACGCUAAGCGGUCCACAUUUCACAAGCGCUCCCAGGCAGCUCUGCGAACGACCGGUGCAACCUUGAACAAUGCCGGUUCCGCGUCGUCAGCUCCGCAGCAGGGGCUGGCCCACACCAACGGCGCGCUGCACCGUCACGCGUCGGCGCAGUGACCGCUGGCUGCGUCACGACGCUGGGCGAGGGCAGAGUGACCUAGCGAGGGGGGCACGGCGUUACGGUGGUGGCUGGCGAAGGCUGUCGCAGUUGAAGGUGAACACCAAACGGGAGCGCCGCCGCAUCGCGAGAUGUUGGCCAACUUUCUCUAGUGCGAAGAGGAGCGCGCGUGGUUCCGAGUGGUUUGAGGGCGCCCGCAAUGAGUCGCGGACUCUGUUCGCAUAAUAGCUCUGUCAACUGAAGCGCACAGCGCGUCGUCGACAUGUCUUCGUCGCCGUGCUCGUGUUGUACUGAAAGACCGCCGGGCGUCUCCGGUCCACGUCGGGCGUCCAAGCGUCCCGACGAUCCCGGAUGGCGGCGCAUGGUCCGACGUCGCGAGCAUUCGGAACCUGUGACGCGCCUUCAAGGAGGCAGCUCUGCGCUGGUGAGGCGCUGCCGCGACUUCUACGCGCAGCGGCUUCGACAGUCCGAGCUGCUGAGGAAUAAGUGGGCAUCCGGUGCAACGCUUGUGGUGCCAUCGCAGCCCGACAGAGGAACGGCGGGCUCUGCGGAAGACGACGACGCGACGGCUUCGUCGGACAGCGAAGCCUCGUCCACUUGGCGUCGGUCCAGGUUUGACCUGGCUAUGGACUCGCUCCGCAAGGAAAUCAGCUGCUUGAUGGAGCGGGACAACGCGCUGUUCGGCCAGCUGCUGGGCCUGCACCAGAGUAUCGCGGAACUGAGGCGCGAGGCGAGCCAGCCGGCGGCGACAACGAGCAGCGCGCAAAAGCCACCCAGCCGUCCCGCCUCCCUCGAGUCUCUCGCGUCUUCUUCGUCUUCGUCCGAGCCGGGCUGUCGAAGGUGCUCUGUUGCCGGCGGUCAGCUGAGGCGGAGGCGGGCCCUGUCGCAGACGUACGAUUCGGGCGUGCAGUUGCACUACGGCUCGAGCCAUUCCGAAUCCGACCACGAGGUGUUCGUCUGAACGCUGUCGUCGACGCCAGAAAACACUGGUGCGGCUCGCGUUUAGCCAUCCAUGCACGUCGCGUCAAUUACGAGUGCUUGUGCCCUUUGUCUGGAUAUGCUAAUCGCACGUGCUCCGUGGAAUGAACAGUACAGUUUGCAUUGCGUCAGCCGGACUUUCUUGCUAAGUUUCACGGGCUUAGCGAAGUAAAUGCGUGUUUUUUUUUUUGGUUUCUUCGCGUGUAUUUUAUACAUUUUUUUGUGUAGGAACGGUGGUGUCGUGCACACAAGACAUGCGACAACUUCAAACACUGUGGAUCUCUCGUGCUGUUUGACUAAUGCAACCGAACUGAGUAUGUAUGACUGAAGUGCAUGAGCCUGACGAUGUGAUAGAUUUUCGAUGCUUUUCUAGCUUACGGCGCAAGAGCCAUGAGCAGUAGUCAAACCAUAUUUCGUCGGGGCGACAACGCCACAGAUUGUGGCCGUGAGAUGUUCGUGGAAUCCGGCGAUGAAAUUCUGUUACGAGCCGCCACAAUUUACAAACUGUUGACUCAGUUGCCCCGAACUUUGUUAAUACUGCCUACGACAAGAGACAAAAAGUUGCACAUUUUUCUACACAACGGUGUUUGAAUGACUCCACAAACAAGUACUCUGCUUCACUGCAUCUGUAUGUUUACUACAGAAGACAAAGGUAUCGAAAACUGUCGCUAAAGUGUCGUCCUUUUGAAGGGUGUUGUGGUAUGACUCAGCAAUCCUCUUGCCCUGUGUGUUCGCCGUGUUGGUUUAUAAGAAUUUAUAGCUGUGUUAGUUCGUAAUACGUUUUGGUAAGAGCUUCAGAGGGAGAGGAAAACAUACAAACACCCAAAAAUCUAACCAAUAUCCCUCUUUUCACCUAGUUACUUGUGUGAAAAUUAGAUACCUAUAUUUAUUUGUGUGUAUGUUGCAGCACUCUUCACGUUUCAUUGCCCCGCCUGUGUGGAAUUUGCAAAAACUGUUUGCUGGUGUGGUAAGCAGAAAAGCACUCUACGCUAUGCAUCAUCGAUUUACGUAUAUCAUUUGUCUUUCUUUAGAGCUGUUACAAAAUAAAGUAGCGUUUUGUUUGAAGCA